CCUGUCCAUUUCAAGAAAUUCUCAUCAAGGAAGCAGAUGUUGAUGGCUGUUCUUGCUCUAAUUUCAGUUCUUUCUCUCAGUGUCCCCUCAGCAGCUGUGGCUGCCCAGAUCAGGCUGGUGAAUGGGAACAGUCGGUGCUCAGGUCGAGUGGAGGUGCGUCUCUUUUCCAAAUCUUUGCCUGGUUACCAGUGGGGAACUGUGUGUGAUGAUGGCUGGGACAUGAGUGAUGCUGAGGUGGUGUGCAGACAGCUGCGGUGUGGCACUGCUGUUUGUGCCCUUCAGUCAGCAUUCUAUGGUCAAGGGACUGGGCAUAUUUUAAUGAAUGAUGUCAGUUGCUCUGGUACUGAACAGUCUCUGACCCAGUGCUCCUACAGAGGAACGCAUAACUGUGGCCACAAUGAGGAUGCAGGGGUGGUGUGUUCCUUGAAAGGUCCCUCCAUAUCUCUCUUCUCGUCAUACUCAGCAGUCUCAGCUGGAGAAACUGUUCAGAUCAGAUGCUCUAGGAGUGCAAGCCAGUGCAAUGGCACCUUACUUCUGUACAGAAAUGGAGUUUAUGUGAAUUCAAAGGCUCUUGGUUCCUCCCAGAGAAGUGCUACGUUUACUCUGUCUAAUGUGGACUCCUCUCACCAGGGCAGUUACACAUGUGCCUACUCCUCUUUGUCUACUCGUAGUCAACCCAUUAGCAUCACUGAAGUUGUACUACAGAAGCCAAGUCUUACACUGGACACCAGCAGAGAGGUUUCUUGGGGUCAGUCUGCCCAGAUGAGAUGCUCCAUCACACAGCACCUGGGUGGUACAUUCACCCUACAGCAGCUCUCUGGGUCAUUUACAGACACCAAGACAGCCACUGGAACCUCUGCCCUCUUCACCAUUCCUCAAAUGGACUUUAUCCAUGAAGGACGCUACUACUGCCAGUAUGAAACAAGGGUUUCCAGACGAGAAUUCACAUCCCCCCCUAGUGCUACUGUUGGCCUCUCUGUAGUUGUGGUGCUUGUGCAGCCCAACAUCUCUCUCAGUGCCCCAGAUGGAGGGCUGUUCUGGGGGCCUCAGGGGCCAGAGGUGACCAGAGGCCACAGCCUCUCCCUCAUCUGCUCUACUGAGCCACAGCACCAAGGAGGCUCCUUCCACCUCAUCUUUGAUGGGUCUAACAGCACCAGGACUCAGCUCGCCAUCAACCACUCAGCCUCCUUCUACAUUCCUGAGGCAGACUACUCCCACCAGGGCAACUACAGCUGUGUCUAUGAGGUCACUGUGUCCAGCCGCACCUUCAAGUCAACACAGACAGCACCACUGACAGUCAUCAUAAGAGCAUCCCUGGCUCCCAUCAUUGCAUCUGGAGUGAUUUCAGGAUUGUUCCUACUUUUACUGAUCCCUUCCAUCCUGUACCUGGUGAAGACAAAGUGUUUGAGUGACACACAUACACACACAAUCCAGAUGAACAAUGAUAUAUACAGUUCUGCCAGCACAUAUGAAUUUCAUCAUGGAACAGGUGGGUCACCUGAUGAAGAUGAGAACAUCUAUACGUAUGCAGUCAUGCCCGCUGUCCAGAGGGAUCAUGGUAAAGACACUGGUGGAAAUCAGGAAGAAGAAGAAGAGCAGCAUGGCCCAAAUGCUAUAGACAACGACUAUGAAGAUGAUGACACUGAAGGAGAUCUGGAAGAAGACUAUGUGAAUGUAGAAGAGCUGCAUGGACCAACUGCAACAGGCAGUGACUAUGAAAUGGUCAUCUAUCAAAACUAUAGCUGAGACUGUUGGGGUAUGUUUGGAUGUCAUGUAGUAGUCUCACAGAUCCAGAAUUGACUUAAGCAGUGCCUUGAUCAGGGUUGACCUCUCCAACACAUUUUCUAUGAACAUGCUAUGAAGAGUAGGCUACAGUGAGAUGAUGCAACAACUUACUUUACCGGUCAUGCAGCUACAGUGCUACCAUGUAGUUUGGCAGUUGACUUACCUGGCUAAUGAAAGCAAGGCAACAUGCACUCUUCUGUUUCUGUCAUUUUCGAUGCACGCACUCCUACUCAGUCAAAUAGCAUGAACACACAUACCU